AGGUGCUCCCGCAGCCUGCGGGCUGGGCUACUGCUACUGACCUGGGCAGGUCUCAGUACCCAGGAGAGCGCUGACCUGACGCCCUUCCACGGCUUCUUGCCGCAGAACAAACUCAGGGCCCUGCUGCCUCCCGGCGACCCCCACCCCAACGACAUCUACCAUCGAAGUCGGCCCAAACCGGAGCCCAUCCCGCCAGGCUUUGAGAUCAAAUACCCCGACUACAAGUUCACGUUUGAUAUACCCAAGGAUCCGGAGCGGCCUGUGUAUAUUAUCACGGAGAAGUCGACAGAGCCGGUAAUACGCGGUCAUCAUGCCUGUGACGGUCACGGACAUAGGGCGACAUCUAUGCUGCCGACCGUAGCGCCACCUACUCGCCCGACCGCGAGACCGCCGUUUCGACCUACGGUGGCGCCACCUGCGCGUCCCACCGCGGCGCCGCGGCCUGCCGCCCCUCUCCGUCCUCCGUUCGGCCGCCCCUCCCCGAGACCGGCCCCGCGACCGGUGACGCCUUUCUCCGCCUUCCACCGGCGUCCGGUACAGCUCACCUCUUCUGCCACUCUCAGCAGACCGACACCGACCGUGUUCAGCAAACCACACCGAUCGCCGCAGCCGCCGGCACUGCUCACCAGGUCCCGUGAGCCGGUCUCCGCUCCGCCGAGGCAGAGGGCAACCACACGGCCGGUGGUGGCCAAGACACCCUCAACGCCUUCUCUGUUCGACAAGCUGAAGAAGUACCCUCCUGAGCAGUACCGGGUGUUCCCUGGUGGAUACGCGCGGCUCUCCACCUACUCGUCACUGUCUGGAUGAGGUGAUGGAGGUGGGCGGUGGAGAUGACGUCAUAGGAGUCAUACAUGGCGUCAUCCGAGGACUUGAUGCGAGAUGAAGCCUGUGUGCGGCUGUAGGUGACACAGGUUGAAAGGAGUAGAGGCAUGAUGAACGACAAACAUAAAAACUCAAUAAUAUUACGAUAAUGAGUGGAUUCAGUGAAUGUGAAACGAGUGAUGCAUGAGAAGUAAAACAGAGUGCUAACAAAUUCUGCAUCGCACGGAACGCCAUCUCAAGAAAUCCAUUUUCAAAAGGAUUUUGUUUGCCAACUUAUUGCAAAGGCGCCAAUUCAUCGCGUUUUUUUUUUCAAUUUAGGUCCUAAUAAUGACAUACAGCAUAAAGCGAUGCAGUGAAAGGUGGUGUCUCAUAUUUAACCAGUGUCGCUUACAUACAGCUGAUAAGUCAUAGCUGUGCUUCCUGUAUGCUAAGAUGGUGAACUGUAUGACUUGUGUUGGAAGCGGAGUGGUUGUAUUUAUUGUGCACGUGAGUUGCCUGUCCGUAAACACUCGAUCGCUGUGUUUUCAAGAAGCAACUGCCUUGUUUCAGCAUUGCAAUGCCAUAUAAGAUUGCUCACGUGCCUUUAUCAGUAAGGUGCUUCGACUGCAAACUUCUUCCGGACUCUGCGUGUUAUCACCCCGUGUGUAUUUCGUGUGUGAAUGGUCAGACCGAGCCAGUAUUACCAGCGAUUGAGCCAGCGGUUCGUGAAGCUCUGUCUUGUCACGAUCCUUUUAGGAACAUGGGCUGGAAACACUGAUACAUUCACUGCGUACUGUAGUCUGUUCACUGUGCAGUCACCGGUUGCCAUUUACAGGCCAAGGAAACCUGGCAGGCAGCGCAGACUGAAGUCAAACUACUCUUUGACCGAUCGCUAGUUCCAGCUAACGACGCGACCCAUUCUGAUGAGCGAUAUCUGACAUGUGCCUUACAGGUUACAGCGUAUUUGAGACUUAAGUUUCGGGGGACCUAAAACUUCUGGUGUCUAGUGGCUAAUGUGUGAAUGUACUGCCUUGUGGCUGUCAGCUAUGUCCGAUCAGUGUCAAGCGGAAAAUUUAUUAUUUAAGUGUGUACUUAGUACAAGUUACUUUGAGCAGCGUUGUGUUUUCUUUCCAGCAACGGAAGAGGACAAAA